GAGGAGCGCGGCGAGCGCUGCCCAGAAUGGCGGGCAGGCAGAGGCAGAGCCGCCGGCGAGCAGCCGGGCGAGUGCUGCUGCCCGCUUUGCUGCUGGGCUUGUGCUGCCGGGCGGCGCCGGAGCGGGUCCGCUACGCCAUCCCCGAGGAGCUGGGCAGAGGCUCGCUGGUGGGGCCGCUGGCGCGGGACCUGGGGCUGAGCCCGGCCGACCUGCCGGCACGCCAGCUGCGGCUCAGCGCCGAGAAGCAGUACUUCGGCGUGAGCGGGGAGACCGGGAACCUCUACGUGAGCGAGAGGCUGGACCGGGAGGAGAUGUGCGGCGAGGCGGCGUCCUGCUCCGUCAGCUUCGAGGCGCUGGUGCAGAACCCGCUCAACGUUUUCCACGUCGAGGUGGCCAUCCUGGACAUCAACGACAACGCCCCGCGCUUCCUGCAAGACAGUUUCCAGCUGGAGAUCAACGAGUUGACUUCUCCCGGCACCCGAUUUGCCUUGGGCACGGCCGAGGACGCGGACGUGGGCAGCAACUCGCUGCAGGGCUACGAGCUGGAGGCCAACGGGUACUUCGCGGUGGAGGUGAAGGAGAGCCAGGACGGCAGCAAGUUCGCGGAGCUGGUGCUGCGGCGCGCACUGGACCGGGAGAGGGAGCAGAGCCUGCGGCUGGUGCUGACGGCGCUGGACGGCGGCGAGCCGCCCCGGAGCGGCACCGCCCAGCUCUGCAUCAACGUCACCGACGCCAACGACAACCCACCCGUGUUCGCGCACGACAGCUACCGCGCCAGCCUGCGGGAGGACGCGCCGCCGGGCUCGGUGGUGCUGAACGUCUCCGCCUCCGACGCCGACGCCGGCACCAACGCUCGCUUCACCUACGGCUUCGGGAAAAUGCCGGCCAAGGUGCUUCAGAAGUUUGUGGUGGACGCGGAGAGCGGGACGAUCACGCUGCAGGAGGCGCUGGACUUCGAGGACACGCGAGGCUACACACUGCUGGUGGAGGCGAGGGACGGGGGCGGUCUGGUGGCACACUGCGAAGUGGAGGUGGAGGUGCUGGACGUGAACGACAACGCGCCCGAGGUGACACUGGCGUCGGUGUCGAGCCCGGUGCCCGAGGACGCGCCGGCCGGCACGGUGGUGGCCCUGGUGAAAGUGCGGGACCGGGACUCCGGGGAGAACGGGCAGGUGUCGUGCGAGCUGUCGGGCGAGGCGCCGCUGUCGAUCGUGGCGUCGUCGGGCGGCUCGUACAAGGUGGUGACGGCGAGCGCGCUGGACCGGGAGCAGGCGCCCGAGCACCGGGUGGCGGUGGUGGCCAGGGACCGGGGCAGCCCGGCGCUCUCCAGCCGCGCGGCGCUGGUGCUGGAGGUGUCGGACGUGAACGACAACGCGCCGGUGUUCGAGGAGGCCGCCUACAGCGCCUACGUGGCGGAGAACAACGCGGCGGGCGCGCCGGUGCUGCGCGUGCGCGCGCGGGACGCGGACGCGGGCGCCAACGGGCGCGUCAGCUACUGGCUGGCGGGCGGCAGCGCGGGCGCGGCGCCGUACGUGUCGGUGGAGGCGCGGAGCGGCGCGGUGUACGCGCAGCGCUCCUUCGACUACGAGCAGUGCCGCGAGUUCGCGGUGGCGGUGCGGGCGCAGGACGGCGGGGCGCCGGCGCGGAGCUCGACGGCGACGGUGCGCGUCUUCGUGCUGGACCGCAACGACAACGCGCCGCGGGUGCUGUGGCCGGCGGCGGGCGCGGGCGCGGCGGGGGCGGGCGCGGGGGCGUCCCCGGCCGCGGCCCCGUUCGAGGUGGUGCCGCGGUCGGCCGAGGCCGGGUACCUGGUGGCCAAGGUGGUGGCGGUGGACGCGGACGCGGGGCGCAACGCGUGGCUGUCGUACGAGCUGGUGCAGGCGCCGGAGCCGGCGCUGUUCCGCGUGGGGCUGCACAGCGGCGAGGUGCGGACGGCGCGGGCCGUGUCGGAGAGGGACGCGGCGAAGCAGCGGCUGGUGGCCGUGGUGAAGGACCACGGGCAGCCGGCGCUGUCGGCCACGGCCACGCUGCACGUGGUGCUGGCCGAGAGCUUGCAGGAGGCGCUGCCGGAGCUGAGCGAGCGGGCGGCGGGCGCCGACUCGCCGGCGGAGCUGCAGUUCUACCUGGUGCUGGCGCUGGCGCUCCUCUCCGCCCUCUUCCUGCUGAGCGUGGCGCUGGCCGUGCUGGCGCGGGUGCGCCGGGCCGGGCCGCCCGCCGUCCUGCGCUGCCUGGGCGCGCAGCGCUUCUCCGUGGCCGGCGCCGCCUUCCCGGCCGACUUCUGCGAGGGCACCUUGCCCUACUCCUACAACCUGUGCGUGGCGCCGGGCCGCGCCGUCGCCGAGGGCGCUUGGCUGCCGCCGCCGCUGCCCAGCCUGGCCGCGGAGGAGCUUCUCGGCGCGGAGCCCUGCGGGAAGCGGAGCCCGACCAGCAGCGCCGGCGCGGGAGAGCCGCCCGCGGACGCCGAGGCCCCGCAGGUCUGUAAGCCCGCGCAGUCCUUGCCUCUGAGCCCUUGGUCGAAGGAGAGAUGGGCUGGCGAAAAGCCGGCGCAGGAGAUGACCGCUGGACGGGCCCCGCUGUCCCCGUGGCGACGGUGCCGUCCCCGCCCGCUGCCCGCGGGAAAGGCAGGGCGGGCAGCGCUCGGCCGCGCUCGGUGCCUGCAGUGCCGGGAGGAGGCUGCGGGCGCCGCUGUUGACCGAGGAGGAGCGAGAGGAAGGCCGGAGCGCUGCCGGCAGCCCCGCCCGCUGCGGCCCGGCUCGCUCGCUCGCUGGCUGGCUGGCUCGGCGGCCGGGCGGUCUGCGAGCGUCCCCGCGGUGCGGAGCCGUGCUGCAGCGAGGCGGAGGGGCCGGCGGCAGCGGCCGGGAGCGGCAGCCGGGGCCGGAGCCUUAGAGGGAAGCGGAGCCGGAGCCGGAGCGUCUGCGAGGAGCGUGCGGCGGCGGUGCGGGGCCGCGGCGGCGAUGUGCGCGGCGGGGAGGCGCUGGGGCCGGCGGGAGCGAGCCGUGCUGUGGUGCGUCCUGGUGGCGGCGUGGGAGGCGGCGUGGGGGCAGCUGCGCUACUCGGUUCCCGAGGAGAUGCCGAAGGGCUCGUUCGUGGGCGACGUGGCCAAAGACCUGGGGCUGGAGCUGCCGGCGCUCCGCGAACGCGGCGUCCGCAUUGUCUCCGAGGGGAGGACGCAGUAUUUCGCUCUGCACGGCAAGACGGGACAUUUGGUGACGGCGGAGAGGAUAGACAGAGAGCAGCUGUGCCGGCUGGUGGAGAAAUGCGUGCUGCGCUGUGAGGUGAUAGUGGAGGGGGAAAUGAAGUUUUACGAAAUCGAAGUGGAAAUCACGGACAUUAACGACAACGCGCCCAGCUUCAAGGAAAUCGCGCUGGAGGAGAGAAUGAGCGAGACGACAGCCCCGGGGUCGCGGUUUCCCCUGGCCGAGGCCCACGACCCGGACUCGGGACGGAAUUCGCUGCAGAGCUACGAGCUGAGCGGCGACGAGCACUUCUCGCUGGCCGUGCAGGCGGGCCCCGGCGGGGAUCAGCGUCCCGAGCUGGUGCUGGCGAAGGCGCUGGACCGGGAGGAGGCGGCGUUUCACGAGCUGGUGCUGAGGGCGAGCGACGGCGGAGAGCCGGCGCGGACGGGCACGGCGCGGAUCCGCGUGGCGGUGCUGGACGCGAACGACAACGCGCCCGUGUUCAGCCAGGCGGAGUACACGCUGCGUGUGCCGGAGGACGUGCCCGUGGGCUCCACCCUCGUCACCGUCACGGCCACCGACGCCGACGAGGGGCUCUACGGGCACGUGAAAUACUCAUUGAGGAAAACGAAGGACUUGGCAUCGGAGAUUUUCCAGCUGGACGCCGAGACGGGAGCCAUCACGCUGGUGCAGAACCUGGAUUUCGAGGAAGGCGACUCGCACGAACUGGAGGUGCAGGCAGAAGACGGCGGGGGCCUUUUCGACACGGCCAAAGUCGCGAUCACGGUGACAGACGUCAACGACAACGCGCCCGAGAUUUCGGUGCGAUCGGCGCUGAGCGCGAUCUCGGAGGACGCGCCGCCGGGGACGGUGGUGGCCCUGCUGCACGUGCAGGACCGGGACUCGGGGGCGAACGGCGAGGUGCGGUGCUCGCUGGACGGGGGCGUCCCGUUCCGGCUGCGGAGCUCGCAGGGCAGCUACUACCGCGUGGUGACGGCGAGGGAGCUGGACCGGGAGGAGGUGGCGGAGUACAACGUGACGGUGCGGGCGGCGGACGGCGGGUCGCCGGCGCUGUGGAGCAGCGCGGUGCUGGCGCUGCGGGUGCUGGACGUGAACGACAACGCGCCGGUGUUCGCGGAGGCGCGCUACAGCGCCCGGCUGCCCGAGAACAACGCGGCGGGCGCGCUGGUGCUGACGGUGCGGGCGGCGGACGCGGACUGGGGGCAGAACGCGCGCGUGCGGUACCGGCUGUCGGAGGGGCGGGUGCGGGGCGCGCCGCUGUCGUCCUACGUGUCGGUGCAGGCGGAGACGGGCGCGCUGUACGCGCUGCGCUCCUUCGACUACGAGGAGGUGCGCGAGGUGGGGCUGUGGGUGCGGGCGGAGGACGGCGGCGCGCCGGCGCUGAGCAGCAACGUGUCGGUGCGGCUCGUGAUCGUGGACGAGAACGACAACGCGCCGCAGGUGCUGUACCCGCCGGCGGCGCCGGCGGCGGGCGCGGGCUGGGCGGGCGUGGAGCUGGCGCCGCGCUCGGCGGAGCCCGGGGCGCUGGUGGCCAAGGUGGUGGCGGUGGACGCGGACGCGGGGCAGAACGCGUGGCUGUCGUACGAGCUGGCCAAGGCGACGGAGCCGGGGCUGUUCCGCGUGGGGCUGCACAGCGGCGAGGUGCGGACGGCGCGCUUCCCGCUGGCCCGCGACGCGGCGCGGCAGAGCCUGGUGGUGGUGGUGAAGGACCACGGGCGGCCGGCGCUGUCGGCCACGGCCACGCUGACGGUGGUGCUGGCGGAGAGCGUGGCCGAGCUGCUGUCGGAGCUGGGCAGCGCGGCGGCGGCGGCGCCGGGCGAGCCGGCCGGCAGCCUGACGCGGUGGCUGGUGGUGGCCGUGGCGGCCGUGUCCUGCCUCUUCCUCGCCUUCCUGCUGCUGCUGCUGGCGCUGCGCCUGCGGCGCUGGCGCCGCUCGCAGCUGCUGGCGGCGGGCAGCGGCGCCUUGCGCGGCGUCCCGGCCUCGCACUUCGUGGGCAUCGACGGCGUCCGCGCCUUCCUGCACUCCUACUCGCACGAGGUGUCGCUCACCGCCGACUCGCGCAAGAGCCAGCUCCGCUUGUCGGGCGGCAGCUGCUGCGACACCCUCCCGGCCCGGCCGCCGCCCGACGAGCCCGCGCCGCUGCUCGGGGAGGACCCUGCCGGCGCCCGCCGCGCGGACCCCGCCGCUCCCCCGGUGAGUUCCUCCCACCAGCCCUUCUCCGCGGCGCGACGCGACGCGACGCUUCCCUCCGCUGCUUCUCCGCCCUUUCCCCCCCGUUUCUGUCUCCUGCCUCGGGAGGUGGAGGUAGCGGGAAGGCAAAGCUUCGCUCAGCGACGCGCGGGGCGCUGGCGCCUCUUGCUGCCGGGGGGUGAACGUGGGAUCGCGGCUCAGCGUGACAGUUGCUGCGGGAGGCAGGAGAAGCGGGAGGCUGCUGUUGCCUGCUGGAGUUUCCUCUCAGGGGGGCUUGCUGCUUUUAUCACGUCGCUGAUGUGUUACAUGCUGUUCACUGACCCAGCCUCUCCCGGAGGACAGCUCCUCUUUGAAUUUUAGAGCCCCGAGGUUUCUUUCCAGAAGGCUAGUGAGCAGGCAAUGUAUCUUCCUUCUCAGUACGGAGAUGUAGCGAAAUCUCGGCGAGGUCCGUGGCGUGGUAGUGGUGCAUGUUGAGGACAAAUGGUCUGGGUUCUGGCCCUUUGAUGACAAGUGCUUGCAAACUAUGAGGGUCAACGAACACCAGGCAAGUUGUGACGGCUUGGAGACGAGAGUCUUGGGAGGUGUUUGUGAGGGGCUGUGGAACCAGACACAAGAGAUCUGGUUUGCUCCUUUCCCUGUUCGGUGCCCAUCUGUACUAUCAUGCAAUGUGAGUUUUGGCUUCCCAAGUAAGCUUGGCCCAAGUCAGACACGUUGUUCCAGCUGCAUAGGGAGCCCUGGGAGGUUCCUCCUGUGUGCUUGCACAUUGUGGAGAUGUUUCUAACUAACAGCUUAAUUCUAUACUUAUGGCAAGUGCCCUAAAGGGAGCUUUGGGAGGAGCCAGCCCUGGUUUUGUAACCUACUAAACACCUGAGUUAUGCCAUAAUCUAGAAGAGUAUGUUGUCAUCCCUUCCCUUCUGUGUGUGUUAACAUCCCGACUUGCUCGUUGUAAUGAUGUGGAGGUGGGCUUUUGUCUGUGAUAAUGUGUGGAAGACCACAUGAGUUACAUUUGGCUGACUGUCACCUAUGUGCCUUUCAUGUUUACAGCUGUAAAGAGAAAGACUUUCAUAGAAGUGUUUCCUUAAAAUACUACUGGAAGAAAUGCUCUUGCUUGUCACAUGCACAUGCUGAGAAGUCAAAUAUUCUCCCUGGUAAGGAGAAGUUGUCUGUGCAGCUUUUCUUUGGGUGGAGUCUAUCUGCAAAUGAUGAAGGUCAAGGACAACCAUGCAAGCUGUGAAGGGUUUGAGGAGAGUCUCGAGAGGGUGCUGUGUUUGAGGAGGUACUGGUGGAGACAUGGCAUGUGUUUUGUUGAUUCCCAGGGUUUGUUGUUGUUGUUCUGAAAAUGAGUCUGAAGGUGUCUCAUUUUUUGGAUAUUGCCUUGCUCGGAGUCCAGCUGUCCAAGUUGUGAGUUCAUCAGUGUGCUUUCCUGUUGCAUGAUGUUUCCUGGGAAUGGUGGUUAUGAAGCAUAGAUGUAAACUUUGCAAUAGUGUGGUAGUGUAAUGUAUCUUCCAAGUUGCC